CCUCCCCGCCCCUCCCGUCCAGCAGGAAGUUUCAGUUGGGAGUUUGGGAGAGACGCAGCGGGCGGUUGAACCCGCGACCAGCAGGUAGAGAUGACUUGAAGCAGCUGAUGGCAGGACCGUUUACUCCCGUUUUAUCGAUAAGUUUUAUCGGACUGAAAUGCAAGAAGACUCAACAUGCUCACACACGGGAAACGUUAUUUUACACCAGCUCCGAGUUGGUCAACUGCUGAGCUGAGUUGUGUGUAAAAUCUUCACAAGGCGUCAUGGCAAACGUUAAAGUUGCCAUUCGAGUCCGUCCUCUCAACACAAGGGAGAGUGCGGAUGGAGGAAGGCUAGCAGUUCAGGUGGAGGACAAGUUUGUGAAGAUCCGAAAUGUAAAGCUGGAUGGACGUACAGAUGGUGCUGUAGAUUCGAGGGAGAAGCUUCUGGAGUUUUGUUUUGAUUACUGCUACUGGUCGGUGGACCCUGCAGACCCUCACUGCGCCUCGCAGGAGGAGGUGUUCCAGGACCUGGGUGUGUCGGUGCUGUCCGGAGCUUCUGAAGGCUACAAUGUGUGUCUGUUUGCUUACGGGCAAACAGGAUCUGGGAAGACGUACACCAUGAUGGGGACACCGGACUCAAUUGGCUUGACCCCUCGGAUCUGUCAGGGUCUCUUCAGGUCUGAAGACACUUUUCCUGAUGGGCAAAACUCAAGCAGAGUGGAGAUCAGCUUCCUGGAGAUCUAUAACGAGCGUGUGCGAGACCUGCUGAGAGGAGGGGAGCAGAAGAAGAGAGCCUCCCUGAGAGUUAGAGAACACCCUGAGAAAGGACCCUAUGUACAAGACCUGUCACAGCAUGUGGUCUCAGACUGCAAGCAGGCCAUCGACCUUUUGGAGGAAGGAAUUGCCAACCGAAUCACAGCAGCAACCCACAACCAUGAUGCCAGCAGCAGAUCCCACGCCAUCUUCACCAUCCAGUACACACAGGCAAUCCUAGAAAAUAACCUUCCUUCAGAAACUGUCAGCAAGAUUAACCUGGUGGACUUGGCUGGGAGUGAGCGGGCAGACCCCCACUACUGCAGGGAUAGAUUGACAGAGGGCUCUAACAUCAACAAGUCGCUGGUCACUUUGGGCAUCGUCAUAUCUGCUCUUGCCCAGAACUCCCAGAUGUCCAGCAGCUGUCAGAGUAUCAACAGCAUGGCCUCUGAGGGCGACGGCAGCACGGUGGGUAGCCACAGCAGCUCCCUAUCUGGAGGAGGUGGGAGGAGGCACUGCUUCAUCCCCUAUAGAGACUCCGUUCUAACCUGGCUGCUGAAAGACAGCCUGGGCGGCAACUCUAAGACCAUCAUGAUUGCAACGGUCUCACCCUCCGCUAACAGUUACAACGAGACCCUCAGCACCCUGCGCUAUGCUGCCCAUGCCAGAAAUAUUGUCAACAAGCCUCGGGUUAAUGAGGAUGCCAAUGUUCGGCUGAUCAGGGAACUGAGAGAGGAGAUUGACAGGCUGAAGAGCAUGCUGCUCAGCUUUGAAAUGCAGCGUAAUCCCAGUCCAUCCCUGAGCGAUGAGAGGGAUGGAAAUCUUUCUGACAUCGUGCUACAGAACGAACUAAAGGUGGAGCAGCUGACGAAGGACUGGUCGGAGAGCUGGAGAGACAAGAAGGAGCUUCUGGAGCAGUACAGUGUGGACAUCAACAGGGACCGGGCCGGAUUCCUCAUCAACUCGGUCCAACCACACCUGGUUACUCUCGAUAGAGAUGUUCUCAGCACCGGGGUCAUCUUCUAUCACCUCCGGGAAGGAGUUACCCGCAUUGGACCUCAGGAACAGUUUGAAGAACCACAAAUAGUUCUGCAGGGCAGUGCCAGCUGUGAGAUUGAAAACCGCAGAGGUAUGGUAACGCUCAGACCGCUGCCAGGCUGCGUCUGCCUGCUCAACGACAGAGAGGUCACUGAGCCCUGCAGACUGGCUCAAGGGACGGUGAUCACCUUGGGAGGAGUGCAUAAGUUCCGCUUCAACCACCCAGCAGAGGCAGCUGUCCUCCGGGAACGCAGACGGGCCAGUGAAGGUGGCAUGACCUGCACCUACAUUGACCUUUGUCCCUUGAUGCCUGACCACAGUGUCGAAGAAGUGAAGCUCCAAGGGCAGCUGGGUGCCUGUCUCUCCCCCAGUGAGGAGCCUACUGCUAGGCAGCGUGUGGAGGUGCAGCAGCGCUACGUGGAGAGUUUGCGACAGGAGAUUCAGGCUGAACAGAGACGGGCUGAGAGAGAGCUGGAGAGGGAGCAGGCCCACCUCCGACAGCAGCACAGUGAGAUCCAGCAGUGGAUUUUGCAGGAGAAACAGCGCCUAACAACUGUAGAGCAGAGAAUCACCCAAGAGUCCGGAAUUCAAACUGACCUUAUCCCUGCACCCCUCCUGGAGCGUCUGACAAGUCAGGUGUCUGAGGAUGAGGAAGGACAGACAGUGGAUCGUCCGUCCCAGGUGGUAAGGGCCAGGAAGAAGGCGGUGCAGGAGGAGCUACUAAAGCAUCACUCCCUUUGCCGUGCUGAGAGCCGCAUCCAUCGGAAGAGGUUGCACUACCAGCUGGAGAGAAUCUCCCGCAAGCGGCAUUUGUUGGAAGCUAAGAGGGAAUUGCAGCGGCUAGAAAGGGCCCUGCCUCCAGGGGCAGACAGCCCCGAGUCUCCUGAGCUGGGGUCCAACUCAAAGCUCAGGGGAAGACCAUUUGUUUCUCGUAGACACUCAUUUUCGGCAGAUCUUCUGUCCCGACUCUACCCACAGCACACCCCUAUCUUCAGACACUUUCUCAAGCGAAACAGAUCCAUAGAACUGACAUCAAAUUCCUCCACAACCUCUGAUUCCAUUGGGAGCAGGAAGUGGGUUUCGGAUGAGUGUCUUCCUCGGGAAAGAACCCAGAGUUGUUCCGGUACGCUCUUCUCAGGACAAAGUCAGCACUGCCGGAGUAGAGCGAGAGUAAGCUCCUCUGAAAACAUCAGACAAACUGCCAAAGAGGAGCCCCAAGCUCACCCCUGCCAGGAACGACCAGAAAGAAAACCUCUGCUGCCAAACCGAGACCUGUCUUUUAAGAACAGAUCGGAUCAGAACUCAACGGUUACUCUGAGGUCACCACUUGGAACUAAUUGGCAGCCAGUCAGCAAAGAAAAUAUACAAGGACCCACAACACACAAACUCAGUUCUCAGAUUGUUCCUUGCAUGAAUGAGAUAACUCCACCCCACCCAGGUAACAACAGACUAGAAACCAUCAGGAAGACGUUUUCUCGUUCUGUGGGGCCCAGGUUAAAAACAGCUCUGUCCAAAGUGUUAAAGAAGCCACCAUCAGGUGCGAAUGGAGGUCGAGGCCCCAAACCUCUGGGGAGGAUAGCAAGCAAAUUUCACUGGAGACAAAGAAGAGACAGGAGCAUUAAAGAUACUAAGAUGAGCCAAAGCAAAUGUGCUGUUAAAACAGCCGUCUCAUGUGAGGAGCUUGACCAAAGGACUCUGUUUGAGGACAUUAGACAGAGGCGGUGGCAUAGUACUGAGGCUCUGGUGAACAAGACCAGCACAUGGGUUGAGAGACAGCAGGGAUUGAUCGGAUGGGAUGAAGAGCAAGAAGACAGGGAUGAAGGAACGUCAGACUGUGAGAGCCUUUUCUCUCUUGAUUCCCUGUCCUCUGCUUAUGCUACAGCCCUAGCAGAGCAGCUGAGAAACGAGGAAGCAGCUCAGAGUGACGCAGAGAGCGAAGACAGUCAGAUGUCUAAAGAUUCAUUGGCUGUGGAGAGCAGUGGAAAAUACUCAACAAUGGAGAGGCUUAGUCAAACAGUGGUACCAACUUGCUCAUUGGUGACAGAUUGCUCCCAUUCAUUCAUGCGUCACAGUAGAACAGGAGAAAUCAGUUUAGACUGGGACAGCUAUCAGAAACCCCAGGUAAUUCCAGCAGAGGCAUAUUGGAGCCAGCAGGGCCCCCCAAAAUCAAGACACAGUGGUGCAACAAGGAAGCCUCCUUCCCACAACACAUUAGUAGCAGAUUCCAGCAGCAGAGACACUGUACACAAAUUGAUUGAGGACUUUGGGAACAUGCAAACCACUUCGACCAGCAGCCCACGCUCCCUGAGCAGCUGCAGUGUGAGGGAGCCAGAAAACAUGCUGGCGCUCACCGAUGCCUGGUCCUCCACCGAGGCAGCAGACAGUCCCAGGAUUUACAGGGAUUCUCUGCCUUUCCAAAGAAAAAUUAUGUUCAGAGGUGUAGAGAGCAGAAGCAGCAGCAGCAGUCCCAGUCCAAACAGUAUGAACCUUUCAGGCUCUCAGAGCAGAUCUAGAAGCUGUAGCUCAGUGUCCACCAGCACUGAAGGUGUAAAUGUGACAGUGCAGGAACACAGUGUUGACAUUUCAAGGGGCACAUCAGAAACAUUAUAUUUUCAAGACUCUCAGAUUCUAACAACACCAGAAGAAGCCCUGAAGGAUGUAGGAUUUUGUCUAGAGCGACAAAUAGAGAAUGCAGGGAAGGCAGUUAUAGAUACUUCAGACUACAGCAGCAACAAAAGUCCAGCAUCCUUACCAACCUUAGAUCAAACCGCUUGUGAGUCACCCACUGAGAUCCACCACACUGAACAACAAGCAUCACAAGUAAAAUUGCUUCAGGUGUUCACAGAUGUACCUGUCAUGGUGGCCGCUGACGUUACGAUGUCUUCUGCCACUGAAAUGUGUACAUCAGGUUGUCAGUCAGUAAUGCAUUUCUCUACAAGUUCUACUAACCAAGGUCAAGUAUUGAAUCAGAUGUCUGACGCUGCAAGUGCCUUCAAACCGUCCGAAGAUGAAGUACUAUGCGAUCUAGAUGGUUCAACAGAAAAGUUGAAAAAUAUACAGAAAUAUGAGUUUGGGAAUACCAAAUCUUUUACAAGGGACAAAACAUCAGAAGAGGUUGAAACCAAAGGCACUGAGCAGUACAUUGCACUACAGCAGGAGCUUGUUAAAUCAGCUUGUAAAAAUUCCAGGAAGAGAAACAAAGACCAACAGGAUGCUUUCAUGGGCAGCCUGAAAAUUCUAAAAAGGAGUAACAGCAGAGAGUUGGUAACUUUGUGCUCUGUACCAGUUGGCAGCCAGGAAGAUAUUUGGCCAGAUGACAAUAAUAACACUAGUGACUCAAAAGGGGAACAGUCCUCUGUGGAAGCUGACAGCCCCGGGUUUGAUUCUGUUUGUGUUGAUGGCAGCAUUACACAAGACACAGUGGCUUCAGUGGCAUUGCCAGUUUCUGAUCCCAUGAGCAGGAAACUUGGACAGAGUUGUCAGAUCUUUGAGGACUCUGAAUGUGGUGACAGUGGUUCUCAGAGUGGUACCUCUGUGGGAGAGAGGAAAGUAGUUGAAAAGGGAGAUGUAACAAUAAAGAAACUAGCUACAGAAACAAAAGUGAGGGAAUCCCAAAUUGAUAACCCCAGGAAACAUCAAGAAAGUAGAAAACACAUAUGCAAGUCAGAUGCUAUUUGUAGCGCCAUUGACCUGAGAAUCUCAGAAGUGGUGAAAGAGCACAUGAGAUUGUCAUUGAUUGGCAGCGAUGAUGACAGGAAGAGCAGGAGUCAAAGCCUGAAUGUCUUGUCAUCAUCUGCAUGUCAUUUUGGCUGUUAUAGUGAUGACAAUAGAUGGACUGAAAGAGAGCUGAGAGGUGAAAUGAGUGAUCAGGUGAAAGAAGGAGCAAUCUUGGGUGAACACAUUUCACUGGAAAGGAUAACAAGUGAAAACACAGUGGACAAAAGUGAGCACCUGGCAUUAGAUAUGCCAGCUGAAUUGAGGACUAGCCAUGAGAGCAACAUGCUUAAAUCUACUGAAGUAACACAGAAGAUUGACCAUGCUCAUAACUUUUCUGAUGUGACAUCAAACAAGUCAGUAAUUGAUCAUUGUGAGUUCCAAAACUCCUCUGCCAAAAACAACAACAUCCAAUCAAAUCAGACACUUAACAGCCAUGGGGAGUCUGAGCACUUUGGCAGACUGACUUUGCAACCGAUUAGUUUGUCCUCAGUGAGUGAUUCCUCUUCAGCAAGAAAGUGUAUUGAGUCUCAAGGAAACCCUGUGGAGAAAGAUGCUUUAUUUCAAGAAAUGCAUGAUUCAGGUAAACAAAUAGUAACAUCUCAUCUUAAUCCUAUCAUGAGUGAUGCAUGCUUGAAUGAAGUGGACACACGGAGCUGUUUGGAUGCCCCAGCUGUGAAUCCCGAUUUCCCAGAAUUUCCCCAAAUACCCCAUGAAACACCUUCCACCAUGGGUGAUGCAAAAGAAAACUGUGGCUGUAAUCGCGUAAAGGAUGUCAGUAUGGAAGCCACAUCCAGUGUUGAAGGUAAAGGCGGUUAUUUGUGCUUGCAACAAAGCUCGCCAAGGACGCUUCAACAACAUUUCCAAGAUAGUCCUGACACAUCUGGAGCAUUAAAAUUAGUAUCUGAUGGAGGAUGUAUUCAAUUCGAACUGCACGGACAUCACAGCAACCAGAACACACCCACUGAUGAGAAUGCCUCUAUGAAAGGGUUUGCUGUUACUCCUGGCUGUGAUGGAAAUGGUGAAACAGACAAAACAGGAGAUAAACCUUGUAUCUCAGCACAGGACCAGUUCAGCUGUCCACAGACUAAUUCAAAUAACGUGCCUCAGACUUGUGUGGUCAAUAUGAAUUACUACAACAAAUGUCAGAAUGUAUCAAAUUCACUGUGUAAAUUUGAUAAAGAUACUCAAAUUGCCAGCAAACAAGACUGUGUAAUGAAAAAUGACAAAGGGACAAUGACCCACCAAUCUGAAGCGCACGUUUCAAAGUCAAAAUAUGGAGCAAGUAUUUCUAGUUCUAUGCAGCCACAACACGAAAUAAUACAUGGAAAUGCCAUCAGAAAUACAAGUUGCUAUGGAUCUGGGAUGUCCAAACAGGGUGAGCUAAACACAUCUGGUGAUAAAGAGGAUAAUUCUGCUGUUAUGUCUAAAAAGGCCAAGUCUAAGAGGUUCAGAAGGUCUGAGAUCCAGACUCAUCCUACCUCUACCUCUGAGUCCUCUCUUAAGUCAUCAGAUGAGGAUGAGGAGGAUGACAAAACUACUAGAGUGCAUCACACCCAGCUCUCUUCUAAAUGGGUAAAGCGUAGCACUCAGAGUAAUGACAAACAAGAAGUCAGACAGGCUAGAAGUAACAAUGCAGAUAUUUCUACCCCAGCAAGCAAAUCUAAAAUGAAGACUUGUUCUGCUGGAACUCCAGGUAAAAGUGAAGUUAAAGUUAGUAGAGAUUACACCCAAAAAAGACACUCUUUACCCCCUCUAGCAAUGUCGCAAAAGACAAAUGUAGAAAAAAUCAGCCCAUAUGACAAGAAAAGUGGACCUAAACAUACACUGAAGUCUGAAGACUCUCCUAUGCAUUUUUCCUCAAGUGACAUCAACCCUUUUGUUCACCAGUGGCAAGGCGAUGACUCAAACCAACACUGUUAUAAGAACCCAGCAUUUGGAAGUGCUGCUGACCUGUCUUGUAAAUCCCCACUUUUGAACAGCGUUGAGAAACGUAUAAUAAGAUGCUGUAGUGUUGACAAUGGUUUGAACAGGCAGAACUUGCCUUUCAGUUCCCAUCUGAGUACUUAUGCCACUAACAAGGGGCUCUCCAGUACGCUAAGUAGUAUGGAGGAUUAUAAAGAACAAGUGAACAAAACAUCUCAGCUUACGCCCUGUCAACAGGCAUCUGUUGAUAUUCACAAUAAUUUUGCCAAUCUGACAGUGACCGGCAGUUCUUCAAGUAACGAUGUUCCUGGUGGUUUUGAUAACAACUCUAGUCAGGUAGAUGAAAUUAUGUUUGUGUACUCAUCUGAGCAAGAGUCCCAGGCAAGCAAAACACGGGCCCAAAGAAGGAGGACAUGUGAACAUGGCACUCAAACUGAGCGUGGCCUUCAGACAGUAAAUAUUGGUAACAGCAGUAGUGCUCCAAAGAGGAAAGAGCGCCACAAAAGGAGUAACACUGAUGUACCUGCAAUGCAGAAAACCAAAGUGGACAUUAAAGAAUCUCCAACGUGGGCCAGUAUGGAAAGCAUGUCGGCUCACCUCUCAAAGCUGAUCGACAGCACCUCAGAUCUGCUGGGGGAUGUCCAGGGAAUGAGAGCAGGCGAAGCCCUAAAGUCCAGUCCGAGGAGGAGUGUCAACUUGUCAAAUAUCAACAUCUCUUAUAGUGAGUCUAAUGACUGCAUCAAGAGAGACUGCUCAACUCAAACAGCAGUAGAUGUUGGGAUCCAGACAGAAAGGCCUUCAACACCAGCAAAGAAGGAAGUCAUUGUGCCCAGUGAAAGGUCCAAAUCUCAUGAAGUCAAUGUGAUAGUCAAAGUGAUUGGAUCUGAGGUUGUCAGUGUGUCUCAAGACAAGACUAUGCACUGUGUGGUGAAGAGUAAAGCUAACACAGAUGAAAAGAUGCAGAGCAUGCCUGACCUGAGGUUUAACACCUCUGCUGCAGCACAAAGGUCUGCCUCACAAUCAGAGAAUAGCCCUCUAAAAACAUCCCCUUUAAAGACUGCAGAUGAAUGUCAAAGAAGUGUAAGAUCUGCUUUUUCUAGAGGCUCAAAGCAAAGUACGCCCGAGGCACUGUGCCACAAAAGUGUUGCAAAAUCUGAAAUCACCUGCAGAUCAUCAAAAAAUAGCUACCAAGAAAAUCUCAGUCCCUCUUUAAGAAAUGACCUGUCACUUUCUUUAAAAAAACAAGCUACAUACACAGACCGUGCAUCAUCACCCAUACUAACUGUGGGAGCAAGAUUACGUAUGAAGCAGAAAGGAAACAAAUCAACAUUAUGUCCUCCAAAAUAUCAGGAUAGAAAUAAAGAUCAUAAUUCUGAGAAAGACAGCCUUACUGCGCCUUCUAGCAAACAAUCGGCAUGCAUAACUGUCUCAGAGGAUGAUCACAUGCCCAGACAGGAUUGUGAUGUUUCCUCUUGUAAUUCAGAAUCCGUGUCACUUGAGAAGGUGAGUGAAAUGAGUUGCUCAACCCCUAAAGGCUCUGAUAAGUGCUCUAUAAGCCUUAGUUCAUCACUGAAAAGAUAUACAGACACUGACAGGAGAGAUGUUCCCUGUAAAGACAAGGGUCCCAAAUGGCAGGUGACCUCUCAGCAGUGGAGGACUUCAACAGAAGGUUUAACUAUCCAGAACCACGUCUCUCCCAUAUUAAGACCGACUGAUGUGCACAAACAGCAGGCUAAAGCUAGACAUGAAAAAGCAUCAAGCUACAUAAGACCUGCAGUUGAUUCAGUAGAUUUUUGCGUUGAUUCCUACAAUCCAUCCCCAGUCAGCAACGGGACUGUUCAACUUCAAGAGGACGACAUGGUGUCACUGGCACCCAGUGAGUGCAACACAGACAUCCUUGUGAACAUUAAACCUGUCACCAGCGUGUCCCUGUGUCAAGACCACCAUAUAGUCCCAGAGGACCUGCCCAUGCACAACAAGUUCACCAACUGGUCGGGCAUCAGCCAUCAGCAAUCAAAAUGCUCAAACAAACCGGCCACAUUUCUUACCAAAGACCACGACAAGAGCAGAAACUGUGUUGAGUGGGGCGAGAUGGAGAGUUACGGCUCAAACGUCGAGUCCACAGCGCAGAGCGACAGAAGGGCGAGAGAGAUCGAGAGGCUGCGACAGGAGAGAGAGCAGGUGAUGGCGACGGUCAACCUCAAAAUGAACCCGACACCGCUGACUGUGGAGCUGACAGAGGCCAAGCUACAUUACGGCCUUGGAGAGACGGAUACACUGUUAAAGAUGCUGUCCCCGAGGUCCAGAGAAGAGCUGGAGCCACCGACCCCUGUGCCUACCAAACUGCAGCUGUAUGAUAGACACCGCAGGAGUAUUGAGGGUUUGAGGCAGGAGAGGGAGCAACGUCUCCAGACUUACCGGAGAGCUCGUAGUCUGAGUCCCAGCAAACAUCCUCGCUCCUCUCCACAAGAGGCUGUUUCCUCCUCCAAAGUAUCUGCCGCCAUGCCCAGUCGGCGUAAGGAGUACCUACAACAGCUCAGCCAAGAGAUGAUAGACAGCACCAGAAUACCAGAACCCCCACGAGGAGAGGGCCAGUAUCCGUCUGACAUUGAACAGCUGUUGCGUGACUACGGUCGAGCCCGGGAGGAGGCCAGGUCAGAGAUUGCGAAGGCACGAGAACGACUGCGAGAAAGGACUGAGCAAGAGAAGAGGAGGCUUCAGCAGCAGGCCCUGUCUCAGGAAGUCAAGGAUGACCUGAGGCAUCGGACAAGAAUCAGUAACAGCACCUUGUGCACAGGAUCCAGCCUGAGCCUUUCUUCUGGACCAACGUCAGGGUACAACAGCGGCAACACUGCCCAGCUACAGCAUGGCAACAGACCACUUCUGACUGGACAGAUCGCAGGGUUCGAGGAUGACGGGCUGAAGGUCAGGACACGUCCUCCUAUAUGUGGUCCUCAAAGUGUGAAGACACAGAGAGCCUGGCUGUCUGCCCAUGAUGUCCGCCUUGAGCCUCCUGUCACCGGGUUUGAGCCCCUGAUGACUUCAUCUCCAUCACCCCCAACUUGUACACGUCAACGCACCGCCUCCUUUGGCUCCUCCUCAUCCAUAUCCACAACCUAUCAGGAUAUCACAUCUAGUCUCCUCGGCCGAGCUCUGGCUGAGGUGCGACUAGCUUCUUCUGCAGAUUUGAGCAACCUGCUGAUCGGCAAGGCCACAGCUGGCUGGAGGUACCAGGGAGAAGAACGAGGUAUCCAGUCUUACUGCAAGCCCUCCUCCAGCCCAUCUGUCCAUGGUUUCCUGGGGGCUGGGGAGCUGGAAAGACCCCUGGACAGUCUGUGGAACAUAAUCAGCCAGCUGUCCAAGAGCCACAUGUAUAAUCAGUCGGUCCGUUCUGUCUGGACCCGACCACUAGAUGACAGCACUCAGCUGGUUUACAUUCUAACAGAUCCAUCCACCUGCCACCUCAGCCAGCCGCGGGACUUCUGCUGCAUUAGCACUGAGUCCAAACAGGCUGGCCUGUGCGUGCUGGCAAUGCAGUCUGUGUUCGAGGAGUCUCUGCCUCGUCCCAGUGUGGAUGCCGUCCGAGGGGAGAUGAUGCCCAGUUGCUGGGUCCUGCAGCCAGUUAGACGUAAUGGACAGGAAGUCACCAGGGUCAUCUACCUGCUACAGGUGGACCUAGGAACUCCAUCCUUUCCUCACAGACUGUUGAACACUGUUGCCAGAAGACAGGCAGCUGUCAUCGCUGACCUUGACGUUUUCCUCGCUUCGUAAAUCCACAGGAUGAAGACGCAUUAGCAGUGAGCACUUACAUUAAACUGUCUCCAGCACGGAGUUAGUCUGUCUUUUGAAUUUGCACCUGAAAUGUAUUUACUUGACUUUUUUUUUAUUCUAAGAGCACUGUUAUAUUGAUUCCCUGUUACAAAGUUGAAGCAGCUUUUUUAUGAAGGUAUUUUUUUUAUAAAAUAUAUUGAUACUGUAUUUUUAUAUUUGUAAUGUCCAUGAAUGCUUAAAACAAUCAUAAUCCUAUUUUACCAAAGAUUGAGUAGAAAUCUAAGGGAGAGACUUGUCAUGACACAUUUAGUGUAUUGCAUUUAGGUUUAGACAACUUGAUAAUUAAUUAUCCAAGGCAGCAAAACUACAAAGUUUUCCCACAUAAUCGAUUCAUUCAUUUGAUGAAGUAGGUUAAUUAUCCCGUUAUAACCUGAUAAGUAUCAGCCAUUUAGUUCCCUUAAUGCCUGUUAGCAAUAUAGUGUCUAUUGAUUUCUACCAUUUUAUAAUGUGAACAGCCAAAUAUGUUAAAGUUAACAACGUCAACGUCAUAGCUAGAGAACCUUUUAAAUUGCAACUUAAGAGUCGGUCAACAGAUUAUCCAAGGUGACACUGAUCUGAUGUCUAUUUACUGCACAAGUGUGUUUUAACCAGUGUUUACUUUCUAUCUCUCUAUGAUAGAUAGAUGCAGCCAGCUUUGUAGUUACAAAGAAAUGUCGGUACACCUGAGAUUAAGACCAUAUACAGAAGGCAGCAUCACUUUGUGAAGCAGUUUUUGCAAAUAAUUAUCUUUUAGCCUACUUAGGUAGAUGAUGAGGGGGCUCCAGGCUGGAACACUGAUCGAUAUUGGCAAAUCCGAAUUUGUUACAGUACAUACUGUAUACAUGUACUUAUUUCCUCAGGCACUGCGUAUUUUAACCACUCAAAUACCUUGAUUCUGCAGAAAAUGAACUUCCAACGUCCUUCAACAGUUUUUCAGCAAAAAGGGGAAAUGUAAAUAUAUGUAAGGGACCGUAUGAUAAUUAUUUGGGGGGGGGUUCAGAAAAGGGGCAGGGUAUUGUAAUUUGGAUUUUGGCUGAAGGUAGGCUAGGCUAUGGGAGGGUCUUUUAUUUUAUUUUCUUGUCCUAAAUUAAUAUUUUGUUUCAGCCUUCUUUUGCAAUAUAGUUAAUAGUUACAUAAAUAGUUAAAAUAAAAAGACAACUUUUUAAAGGUUUAAAGAAAAUAUUACUAACCCUGGGGAAAGCCUUGCUUUAUUUACCAAGUGAAAUAUAAGUUUCAGCAAUCCCCCACUCCCCCAAUCAUUUUCGUACAGUCCCUAAGCAAUGUGUUGGAUAGUAAGGUGUGGUAUUGAAGGAAUGCUAAGAAUUAUUUAGUUACUCUUUAGCCGUUAUUUGUAAUGUAUGCGUUUGUCUGUGUAGGCACUGCAAAUUUGAAACCACUCAGCAGCAAAUUGUCCAAAAAGAGUUUUGUAGCAGAACUUUUUGGAUAUAACAAGUCAGAGGGCAAGUAGGCAGAUACAUUUUCAACCAAAGCUCUCCAGUUCAAACCUGUGUCAGCAAACAUCUGGCCUGCUGAAGUGUCUUCGAGUAAAAUACUGACGAACCCACCAGCUCCAGGGAUGAUCCUCUGCAGCUGACCCUGACCUCUGACCUCCCUUUAUUUCAUUUUUAAAGCAGCAGUAAGACAUAGACACAAAAUGGUACCCCGGUUUUAAGGCCUUUUGUUCACCUGUUUCUGAAGUCUGUUGUAUUUAUUUUGUUCCUGUUGCCUCCUGUUCGAAAUGCUGUUGAAUGUGUUUUAUAGUUGUGAUGAGUUUUUGUUUUUAUGAGCAGAGCAUGGUGCUGUGUUUACAGCGGCUUGCACAAAACUGUUAAUGCAUUUUAAUGUCUCAUAUUAAAAAGUGAUUUUUUUGUUUUGUUUGUACAGUGUUGAAACUAUGCAGAAGCUGAUCAAAGACUGUUCUCAGUCAAAGCUGCUUCAGCUGUAUCCAGAUAUGAAGCCAUAUUAUUUACAGUAGUUGAAGGUUCAGGACUGUUGUGGCGCUGCAGCGCUCAGUUUGUGACGUAAGAUGUUCCCACGGGAACCAAAGAGAAAAAGACAAAAAUACUGAAGACACAGAGUGAAGGAACAUAGUGACACGCUUUUAAAUUGAUUUCUUUUUUAUGUGUAUCUAUAUAUUUUUAAGUGCUCAUUUCAUUGUGUAAAAAGCAUUGUUAUUUAUGUUUUGAUAUGUUGUAAAUGUAUUUUAUUAUAAACAUCCUGCUUCCUGUUGCUAAUAAGAUGUUAUUUGGUCUGUGUGUUUGGCCAUUUUUUAUGAAUACAAUACAUAUUUUAAGUGAA